ACCGCGCAGGCCCGCCCAGGAUUGGCGUUAUCACUGUCCAAUAGCGGCUGAGCGAGAUUAGCGGGCGGAGCACCGGGGGCUGUUGGCGGGGAGAAUGAUCUGAUGUGACUGGCGGUUUGGCGCUGGUCUCACCGGGACGCGGAUUCCCUGUGCACGGGCCUCCGUGAGGUCUAAGAAUGGCGCAGGAAGAAAUGGACGUGGACCUCUCCGGUGCGGCCCUCCCAGGGGAGCGCGCUCUGUCGCGACAGUCACCUUCCAGACAUUCCAUCUUUCUUGUGCCCCCUUCAGUAACUUUGGCUGACGUCAUGAGAGAAGAGAUCUCAGGACCAGAGCCUAAUAAUGAAGUGGUCGUGCCGGAUUCCGGAGAAGACCUGCCUCUCCACGUACCGUCACCAGUGCAGUCUCACACAUCCAACGCGCUACAGAUGCUCCAGGGCGCACUAGAACAGCUGCGCCAGGCAGCCGAGCAUCGCUCAAGAUCGCAUCACACGCAAACAAUAACGCGGUUGAGAAACCUCCGGCAGCUGACGAGCGGUUUCCAGCGUACGACAGGUACAAGCUCUCGUACGGGACUUCCUGCCUUCAACUUCCUUCAAGUGCAGAGAAGCCAGGGGUCCGCACCAUCGGCAGGGAAUGGGGGCGACAGCUCUGAUGAGACCGUAGAGCUGAGUAGUGAUGAUGAAGGUGGAAGCGCCGCGGAUGUGAAUGAAUGGGAAAAUAAUGCCAGUCCUGCUCAACCGGCCGAGCCAGCUCCUGAAGAACUCCGCAUAAACCUUGUAGAAGCUGGGUCAGAGGUCGCUGAAGGCUCUGGACCGGUGGUUGUAGCUGAGAGCGUAUCGUCUGCAUCUCCAGCCAAGAUGAAAAAGCGGACACCUGUAAAGACGGCGGCGGCCCCACUUACGGCAGAAGAGGAAGAAGGGGACACCUGUGCCAUAUGCCUGGAGUCCUGGACCAACGCAGGACAGCACAGGCUCUCCGCCCUUCGCUGCGGCCAUCUCUUUGGCUUUACCUGCAUUGAUCGCUGGCUGAGAGGAGGCGCCGCCAAGUGUCCACAGUGCAAUAAGAAAGCCAAGCGAUCCGACAUCGUGGUCCUGUAUGCCCGCACCCUGAAGGCUCUGGACACCAGCGAGCAGGAGCGUAUGAAGAGUUCCCUGGAUAAGGAGCAGACGUUGCGGCGGAAAGCGGAACUUGAGUCUGCACAGUGUCGCCUCCAGGUCCAGGUAUUGACAGAUGAAUGUGGUAAACUCCGCAAUCAGAUCCAGGAGUUGAAGACACUAAUGGCCCAGCAUGGAACCAGCUCUUCCCAGCAGCCCUCACAUUCCCGGGCCGGGGGCUCCGGCUCGUUGUCCUCCAGCCAAGGCCAACGCAAGUACAACUUUGAGAAAGCCAUCCUGAUCUCUCAAGGGGGGAACUGUCGCGUCAUGUCGUACUGUGAGCGCCUGAGCUGUCUUGUGGUAUCGCAGCCGUCAUCUCACAGCACGCUGGUCCCUGGUUGUGGCGUCAAGAAGCUGAGCGCAGCCAACAUGAAAAGCAGCCAGUACGUUCCCAUCCAUUCCAAACAGAUCCGAGGCCUGGCCUUCAACGACCGCUCUGACGGGCUGCUGCUCUCUGCUGCUUUGGAUAACACUGUGAAGCUCACCAGCCUGCUGACGAACACUGUGGUCCAGACGUAUAACACUGGCCGGCCAGUGUGGAGCUGCAGCUGGUGCUCGGACGAUACCAAUUAUGUUUAUGCCGGUCUCGUCAAUGGCACUGUGAUGGUGUACGACCUGAGGGACACCAGCCAGUGCGUGAAGGAGCUGGUGCCGCUGGGCUCUCGCUGUCCUGUGGUCUCCCUCUCGUACGUGCCCCGAGCCGCCUCUGAGGUCUUCCCAUGUGGAGGGGUGCUGGCCGGGACCCUGGAGGGAGCUUGUUUUUGGGAGAUGAAAGAUGCUCAGUACAAGCCCCACCUUCUCCCUGUGGAGCCCGGAGGGUGCACGGACAUCCAGACAGAGAGCAAUACGCGCCACUGCCUUGUGACCUACCGCCCUGGUAAGACGCACAGCUACCUGCGCUGCGUGAUGAUGGAACUUACCAGCAGCCGGCUGAGUGACGCAGCGGACGAGUACAGCUGCUCAUGUUUCCCGGUCCAGACCUUCAACGCGGGACCCACGUGUAAACUCCUCACCAAGAACGCCAUAUUCCAGAGCCCGGAGCGGGACGGCAGCAUCCUGGUGUGUGCGGGAGACGAGUCCUCCAACUCUGCCCGGGUCUGGCACUCAGGCAGCGGCUCUCUCCUCCAGAAGCUGCAGGCGGACCAGCCCGUCCUGGACAUCUGCCCCAUAGAGGUGAACCAGAGCCACAUGCUGGCCACUCUGACAGAAAAGAUGGUGAAAAUCUACAAAUGGGAGUGACCCGGACGACUGUCCCAGACCCCUGUGCUGCUAUGUGACCACAUACCUGGCGUAAGUCAGUCACUGGUGCAACCGGUAUACACUGCCUGGCCGCACCUCUUCUACCGGGAUCCAAGAUAUUAAUCAUUGCUUCCUCUCUGCAUAUUGUACAUAUUCCCUGUAAUGUAAAGACUUUCCACCUCUGUUUAUUUGUUUUCUUUUCCUUUUCUGUCUGAAUAAAAGUUUAUUAAUUUUAAUGAA